GCCACGUGUUCUCGCGUGAUUGGUCGCGUGUUUUUUUUGUGCCGUCGAUUGAUUUUCGCCUUCCUUUUCUCUCGUCGGCGAAAGCUUUGGCUCAAGCUUUGUCCAGCUAUUUCAUCUCCUCUUCUUUCAAAUCGUGUCUUGUAUUUCACUCUCUUCCACUCCGAUCUGUUGUAUCGUUGAAUUGAAAAAGUUUCCACCAACAACCGAUAUAAACGAGGCACUUGUGGAUGCCCCUAACAUGGAGAGAAUCCAGAUGAAUUUAAAGAGAUUGUCUCUUACUGACAUUGUGAUUGAUAUCAACAGAGUGCCCAAGAAGAAGAAUUUGAUUGAGGCAACGGACAAGGCUGUAUCUAAGCUAUUGGCUAGAAACCUCAAAGUCUGCGGGAACAUAGGAGUUUUUUCUUCUCAUGGUGAUCUUGCAGAGGACUUAUCUCAUAUCAGUGAUGUUGAGGUUGUGGUUUAUCUGUCUGCAGGUCUUGGUUCUCAAGCAGAGGAUAUAUGGGCAAAGGAAAACUGUCAGGGAAAUAGUUGGAGAGGAGCAGAUGAGUCUGAGAAUGGUGGCACAACAAGAGGCUUUCACAUUGGUGGAUUUUUUUGAUGGAUCUGAUAAGUUUUUGUUUUUGUUUUUUUUUCCAACUUUUUGUAACUUUGUAAUUUUCAUAUGUUUUCAAUGUUAAUGUUAUAUGUUUUAUUUUAAUUAAAACUUUUAUAUGUU